AUGGAACAACCACAAGAAGAGGAAGAAGAUAAUGAAGCCGACGGAAUUCAUUCUCUAAGUGAUUUCGAUGAAGAAAUCAGUACCGAAGAAAAAGUUGAAAUAAAGGUUCAAGAAAAAGAAGAAAAUAAUGAUUUCGAUGCAGAAGAAGAAAAAAUUUUAGAAGAAAAAUUAGAGAAGGAAAUAAUUGAAGAAGAAAACAACGAAACUGAAGAUGAUAGACCAAAGAAAAGCGAAGAAGAAGAGGAUGAUUUCGAAAAUGAUUUCAAAAAUUAA